UUCAAAGAGGAAACAUGGCGCUCCCCUCCAGCUGUCGUCUCUUCGUAGCACAAGGACUCUGUAUGAGACGGAUGUUAAGCCAGGGACCGAGGACGGUCUGCAUACCAGGUUUAUUUGAUUGUAAAACGCAUAAGCUACACGAGCAGUUAUCGGUUAUAUCGCCUCUGCGUGAAUUUAGGCGACGAAGGUCAUUUAAUUUCCAUAUAAAUGCGCCAUAUGUUAAUGAGGAAGGUGGGAGUGAGCACACCGGCUUCCUGUUUACAGUGUGGAGUGCAGUGGCGUUCUCGCUGUUCGGCAGUAAAGAUGAAAGAACGGAGGCGCAGAAGAUGGAGGAUGAGAUUAUUCUCCUGUUAAAGAAAGCGAAGUACAGCAUGAUGCUCGGGGAGCUGGACGCAGCGAACGGCUUCUUGCAUAAAGCGAUUCGACUGGCUCAUCAGAGUCACAACGACGACGCCAUCAUCUACACCUACAGCCUGAUGGCCAACUUGGCUUUUGUUCAAGGUGAGCUGGACAAUGCUGAGAAACUGUUCAAAGCCGCCAUGAGUUUCAUGCUGUCUGGAGGAACAGCACAGGAUGACAACGCAGUCAUUGAAAUGUCCCUGAAGUUGGCCAGCAUCUAUGCCACUCAACACAAGAAUGAGCUGGCAGAGCACGGCUUCCACUUCUGCACUGAGUCACUGGAGGCCAAGAUCGAGAAGCAGAAGGACCUUCCACCAGAUGCUAUAUCGGAAGAGGAAAGGAAGGACACGCGGCUGCUGCUUGGCCUCAGUCUGGAUGCCCGGGCUCGGUACCUGGCGUCCUCUCGACGCCUGACGGGAGCGUGCAGGGAUUACCGCAACGCUCUGCAGAUCUGCCAGGAGGAGCAAGGAGAAGCCCAUCCUCAGACGCUGGUCUUGAUGAGUGACUUGGCGACAGUGUUGGACCUCCAGGGGAAGCACGAUGAGGCGCUUGCUCACGUAAAGAAGGCUGUAGAACUGGGACAGACGGCCGGUCACCCCGACCAACACGUGCUGCUGGGAAACAUGGCAGGCAUUUUAAUGCACAAAGGUGAGUUUGAGGAGUCUGUUAAGCUGUACAAGGAGGCCCUGGCCCUGGCGCAGGCGGCUGGAGACGCCGAGGCCGUCGAGCAGUUUACGGAGGGACUGAAGGAGCUGAGCAGGAGGAGAGAAGAGAAACCGAGUACGAACGAGAAGCCAUCAGCCGAGCAGUGACUCCACACCAAACACUCCUCCUCUGGAAGUAUGACCUCCUUAAAUGGACGAAGCGCUUACCGCGUGCGUGAUCCUUCAUCAUCCUCCACUGGAUUCUUAUUCGUGAUUUGUAGUCUCAGCUCCGCGGUGUUAAUUUAAGAACGAAAAGACGUGCGUCCGUGUUUGUUUACACUUCCUCUGGAAAAUCCAAAACGGGAAAGACGGUGACUCAGGAAGUGCUGACGGAGAGAAUGUGAUAACGGGUCACAUCUGGAGAACGCAUCACACUACUAACGCCUCUCUCGAUUCGAUUUUCCCCGAGUUUGACGUGAUUAAACGGCGUACGAUACGACGUGUAUGUUUUUGUGUUUCCGUUUAAAACAUCUAAUCCCCUGCAGUAUUUUAGCGAGUAUGCUGUACAGACUGAAGAACCGCCUUGUAAUUGGAAAUCGACCGACAUUACGGACGUUAAAAUCUGUUCCGACUUUGUGGCUGUUAUGCAACAGUUAACUAUCGGUUUCUCCUUUUACUCUUUAACCGCAGUUUAGUUGCGCUCGUCACACGUUUUAUAAAACAUUCAAGCUCAAACCCACGUCUGGCUGAUGGGCUUCCUGCGACCUGAUUAACCGUCGCAGAGUUGGAGUGACGAAGUUCAUUUAAAAAGAAUUCAACUCGCGGCCGCAGAAUUCCUUCCGGAUAUCCAGUCGUUAUUAUCGACGCGUGAAGAAAAUCUAAAUAAACCGUUUAAAGGAAAUCUCCACCCUGAAACACGCGUGAAAUAAUUUCCUAUUGAAAUGUUUGACGCGUGUAGUGAUUCUGCCUAUUUUUUUUUCUCGUGGCCGUUGCUGUAUAUUUGUUAUUCCUGUGAGCCGGUCUGACCUCACAGGUGGUCAGAAAGGCGAAACCAUUUCAGAUUUAGCUUCUAAAAAUGAACGUGCAAGAGAUUCUUGAGGAUGUUCAGUGUCAUAUUAAUCAGAAUUCCAGUGCAGGAUUAGUUGAGAUUUCAGACACAAGAUGGUUUAAAAUGCCUUGCGGAUAUACAGCACGGUCGUUACAGCAGAGACUCGGCUACUUGGCGAUGUACGAGAUGAUGAUAACGAGUCUUUAUUUAUCACGUAUACAUUAGAGCGCGGUGAAAUUCUUUUCAUGUUAGGAAGUUGAGGUCGGAGCGCAGGGUCAGCCGUGAUACAGCGCCCCCUGGAGCAGAGAGGGUUAAGGGCCUUGCUCAAGGGCCCAACAGUGGCAGCUUGGCAGUACUGGGGUUUGACCUUCUGAUCAGAGCUUUAAGCGCCGAGCCACCACUGCUCCCGACGAGCACGGAGGUAUUUCUAUGAAAUUUGCAGCUUUGGACGCUGAUCUGUUUGAGCCGACAGACUAAAAGACAGACUAAAAGGACUAAAGCGCUGCUGCAUCAGUCUUUAGGAUGAGAGUCAAACAGCAGUUGUGAGUAAUGUAGACUUGAAUGAAAACAGACGAACGUGUCUGCGAACGCCACGGGAGAUUCAUAUGCGAGUCAGAGUGGAUUUUUCCUUCAAUGUCCUGCUUCAGCACCGAAAGACUGGAGAGGACAAAUCGUGUAAAUACAAUUCAUUUCUCUUUAAGUAGCAAGGAAAAAGGUGGUGGUGUUUUUUUUAUUUUUUUAUUAUUUUUUUUGGGAUAAAUCAUCAUGGAACUUUGGGCUCUGCCUCCACAUAAAGAGUUAAAAAUCCAUAGUCUCGGGUUAACUGUUAGCUCCGUUCUACGUCAUUGCCGGCACCAUUUGGAGAGGUCGUGACCUUUCACUAAUUGCCGUGCAGCACAUUUUCAAUACUCGGGCGUUUCUCAGAGAACAAGAAUCCGAACAGAGCACGUUAAGUGUUAGGAAAGAGAAGUGCGGAGACCAUUUUCUAGUUCACUGGUUCUCACUGUGGGGUGACGAGUCAUCCAGGGGUCGGUGAGGCGUAGCCAAGGAGUCCGAGGUUUUAAAAUACACGGUGUGUACGCUUGCGUGUAUGCAAAAUAACAAUUAUGACGUUAUUAUAUCUUUUUUUUUUAAUCUUAAACCUGUUAAUGAGAUGUUGUAGUUAUCAGCCUGUUCAAUUGGUCACUUAAAUUGAAUGGAUUUAAAUCAAACCUCCAAUCCAAACAAAUAAUUUCUUAACGUUUAUGUUAACGAUAAAUAAUAAUAAUAAGUUGAACAGAACAUGUUCUGUUGGCGGAAAUAGCCAAAAUAUGAUUCUCGACACGUGUAAAUGAGCCGAAUAAACGUAUAGUCGUGUUCUAGAUUUUAAAUGAAAUCUUGACCUCCGGAUAAAGAGGUCCCUGGCUGCAAAACAUUUUGAGAACUCCUGCGAGAAGGCCGAUACAUUCGUGACGUCGAGCCGGAAUGAAUGCGGUCUUUCUAAUCAUGGUUUUUUUUUUUUUUUUUUUUUUUCAGAUCCCUGUGAACCACUUCUUUUUUUUGGUCCCAUGUACAGGAUCUAGUAUUUGAAGCCUAUAGACAGUGUACAAUAGAUCAAUUUAAUUCUGUGAUGUGGGCGCUUGAUCCUUCCUCAUUCGCCUGAGAAACGUGCUGUGACGCGUUUGCAUCCAGAUACACGCUAUAAGCCUCUCUUUAUGAGAUCCUUAAUCAGGGCUUGAGCCCCGUUGAUCUGCAGCACAGGUUCCCAUCACCCUCUUUACCUCACGAGGACGCAAGACCACACUGAGCACAUCAAGUGCCAAACGAAGUCCUGCGUCUCACCUUUCUCAGCGUAUCGUAUUAACGUCUGCAGAACAAUAAUAACGGGCUCUUUUGUUUACCCGAGUGACUUUUGAAUCGAGUCGUUUCAAUUCCCCCUAUUCGAAUCCGUCGACUUUAGGCUGUCGUCUGGGUUUAACACGGAAAUAACUCCCAUGACUAUGUUCCUUUCUCGAGCAGACAUUCAAGAUGGGUGUAAUUACUAGCUAAACUGCUGCGUGGAAGCAAGGAAAUGAAGAUUCAUAGGAGCCAUGCCAAAACCUUCGUUAAUUCUCUCCUCCGCUGUGGUUUUGUAAUAGUUCGGCGAUCUCACGCUCUUCAUUCCACAAAGCCCCGACUUUGUAGAUCUCCAAGAAUGCACACACUCCCAGCCCUUUUCUACUCUCGGAACGUAUCGUGCAAGUCCUUACAGAAACGCCAGCGGGAAUCGCUUUGUACCUCGUUAGACCUUUUUGUUUAAUUUUCAACAUGUGAAGACUGGAGUUUGCACCCUGACCGCUUGUAACAUUUUAGCCAUGUUCUGGUGAAAUUCCUAGAUCCCAGAUGAAAUCAUUUUCAAGGAGUCUCGAAGGAGGGUAAUAGCGUGUCUGACGAGGUCCACAUACUAGCCGUAUUGAUUUUUAGGGAUGCCGUGUACAGAAGCGCAUCAAUUACGAAUGAUACGUAGUGCCAGUUUUUCUUCAGCUUAGUUGUACCAGGCGUACGCUAAUAUUUAAAUUCCUUUUCCCGGGCACGUCCGCAUGCACGCGACUAAUGGCCCCGACGCUCUCUAACAUUUAAGCCCAAGCUCCUUUCCAUUUAUUGAAUUCUUGCACCAUGACGAUAAAGAUAAUAGCUGUAUGUGCUGUCCGUAAGUAUUCACCCCGGAACUAAAAUGGAACUCCCAACGGGCUUAAUUAAACAACAUAGAACCUUUUUUUUGUUUCAGACCACUCCAUUUUUAGGCGAGCAAAAGUAUAGGAACAGAAGUCUUGAAGUAAAUUAAAGUAACGAACACUUAAUAUUUGCAUUAAGCCCGUGACUCACUGACCUCAACUAAUUGUUGAUGUCUUCUUUUUUGUGACGCUUUAACUUUCGGCCUCUUUCGGUUGUUGUUGUUUGUUUCGGGGGCGUUUCUCCCGUCAGUCUGCAUAUAAAUACCAGGAAAUAAAAGCUGGAAAUUCUAAA